ACCCAAUCCAGGGCUGAAACAUCAUUGAGGGCCAGUGCUACACAUUUCCCCUCUCUUUGGCCCUCAGGCUCUGGGUUCUUCCAUCAUAUUAGGUAAAAAAAAAUAAAAAGGUAAAAAAAAUAUAUUACUACCUCAGUAAUUAAGUAGCGCAAUAAAAAGCUCUUCCCCUGCGUAAUUGUAUUAAGCAAGAGUUACUCUACACUAAUUAGCUAGCCUCCGAUGGGAGAAUCCGACGACAGCAGCAAGAGGAAGAUCGCCGUCCUCGGCGUCUCCACCUUGCUCCUCGUCGCCAUGGUCGUCGCCGUCACCGUGGGCAUCAACGAGACAGGCCCGGGCACCAGCGGCGACGGCGGCAACGAGGAACACGCGGAGGUGUCCACGUCCAACAAGGCCGUGGCCGUCCUCUGCCAGCCCUCCACCUACAAGGAGACCUGCGAGAAGAGCCUGGCCAAGCCCGCGGAGAACAUCACCGACCCCAAGAAGCUGGUCCAGGUCGGGUUCGAGGUCGCGGCGGAGUCCCUCAGAGAGUCCCUGAAGAACUCCGCCACCCUGAAGGAGAUCGCCAAGGACCCCAUGGCGAAGCGCGGCCUCGAGCUCUGUGACGAGCUGCUCGAGACCGCGAUCGACGACCUCAAGAGGUCCGUCGACGAGCUGGGCUCGUUCGACAUGGCAAAGGCCUACGUGCACCUGGACAACCUCAAGACAUGGCUCGAGGCCACCAUCACGUUCCAAGAGAACUGCAAGGACGGGUUCGAUAACACCACGGGCCCCGCGGGGGACAAGAUGAGGGAGAUCCUCAAGACGUCCGGCGAGCUCACUAGCAAUGGGCUCGCCAUGGUUAAUGGGUUGGCUAAGUUCUUGGCUACGUUUGAGUUUAGCAGCAAGGCCCGCAAGCUCUUGCAGGCCCAGGCCCAGUCCGAGUUCCCUUCGUGGGUCGACCCGGCCCAGAGGAGACUCUUGGCGGCCAACCAGGCUGGUGUCCCUGCCGAUAUGGUUGUGGCCCAAGAUGGAAGUGGGCAGUACAAGAGUAUCAUGCAGGCCAUCAGCGCCAUCCCAAAGAAGCACAAAACCCCUUUCGUCAUUAAGGUCAAGGCCGGAGUUUACAAAGAGCAUGUCUUGAUCCCCAAGUAUGCUGACGGCAUUGUGAUGAUUGGUGAUGGCCCCACCAAAACUCGUGUCACCGGUAGCAAAAACUUCGCCGCCGGCGUCCAAACCUCCGACACCGCUACCUUCGCUGUUGUAGCACCAAACUUCGUAGCCCGCGACAUGGGUUUCGAGAACACGGCCGGACCGGAAGGCCACCAGGCCGUGGCCUACCGGUCCAGGUCCGACAACUCCGUCCUCUACAACUGCGCCUUCGACGGCUACCAGGACACGCUCUACGCCCAGGCCUACCGCCAGUUCUACCGCGACUGCACCAUCACGGGAACGAUCGACUUCGUCUUCGGCACCGCCACGACCGUGCUCCAGAACUGCAAGCUCAUCGUCCGCAAGCCGCUCCCCAACCAGGCGUGCAUCGUCACCGCCGAGGGCAAGAAGGACCCCAACGGCGACUCUGCCAUCGUCCUGCAGGGCUGUCACAUCACGUCGGACCCGGCUUAUUUCCCCGUCAGGCACACCAACAAGGCCUACUUGGGCAGGCCCUGGAAGGAGUACUCGACCACCAUCGUUAUGAACUCGAUUCUCGAUGACUUGAUUGCCCCCGAGGGUUGGUUGCCGUGGCUGGGCGAUUUCGGGUUGAACACUCUGUUCUAUGCCGAGUUUGAGAACAAGGGGGCCGGUUCGGCUCAGGGCGGUCGGGUGACGUGGAAGGGUAUUAGGAAGUUGACCGCGGCUCAGGUUGAGACGUUUACGCCUGCGAAGCUUUAUGUGGAAGGAGAUGAUUGGAUUAGAGCCGCUAAUGUGCCUUAUGUUGCUGGGUUUAUGAAAGCCUAAAAAAGAGAGGGGAAGCAGGGGAGCUAUGGGUGAUAAGAGGGGGUUAAUGCUAAUUAAUUAUUAAUCGUGUAAUUUGUAAGGUUUGCUUUGCUUUUAUGCGGUUGGAAUUGAAGCUGACUGAAAAAAAUGUAAAAAAUAAAAAGGAAAUAAAAUGAGAAAAAACGAAAAAAAGAAUUAACUCAUUGAACUUCGUGUCUCCUUUGCUUUCUUAUUUGUGGUUUAAUCGCACUUAAUUGAUCAAUCGAUUUAAUUGGUCAAAUUGGUUCGACUCGCUUGGAGGUCCUCACUGGGCGCUAGCAACCCAGAUGACUAUCAACCCAAACCAGAUUUGGUCAAAUUGGUUCAACUCGCUUGGGUUUGAUCUCUGCUCGAUGAAAUUGAUCUUAAACUCCAGGGGGAAGUAGUGCAACAAGAUGUGAAUCCGUGCUCCAUGGAGCUUCUACAAUUUGAAGAAAUUAAACCUUUUGAAGCUAUAUAGGGUUAUCGUAGCGAAUAAACUUUUGAAGAAUCU